AUGUCCACCUCCACUGUACGGAUCACUGGACCGUACAGACAACUACCAAAGUAUACCCGACCGAUCCUCUCAAUGUCAAUCUUGAAUGAAGAAGGUGAUCGACAUCUCUCUCAAACGGCUUAUCUGGGUGAAGAAGAAUCAAGCGUCCAUUUCAAAAGUUUACAUAUCAGUGGAGCAGCUAAGAAGGCCAAACAUGUUACCCUUGAAUUAUCUCUUCAUCCACCUUCGAAUUCGCCUAAUCAUAAUAUCCAUGGUCUUGGACCGGAUGUCAACGAACUUGCUUUACCGUUUGCUACUUUUACCUCGAAUGAGUGUAAUAUUAUUUCCAAACCUUCAAAGAAAACUGCCAAGGCUCGAAACACACAAUCUUGUAUCUUCAACGGAUCGACUAUUUGUUUAUUCAACCGAAUCAACUCACAAACCGUUCGAACCAAGUAUUUAUGUGUAGAACAAGAUCAACUAGCUGCUCGAGCAUCUCAGUGGUCUGCUUUUACGAUCAACGUGGUCAGAAGAGCCGAAGAUGCUGGUCGUGAUGGUUCACCACCACUAGCGACGAAGACGUUACUAUCAAGUAGUAUUCCAGGAGCGGAUCGUACGGUUACUUAUGGUUCUGAAGUCGAGUUGAUUGACUUUGUGACAGGUGUCUCAAGUGGUCCGUUAGUGGUCAGAAAGGUUGAGAAGAACAAGGUGCAAAAGGAUGCGACUGGACCGAUUAGUCAAAUGCAAAAACUAGCGUUUUGUAAGGUUGAUCGAAAUGAUGGUAGUGCGAUCUAUGUCAGUGCACUUGAACCUGGUCGAUUUCCUUCACCUCCCGAACUCGGAUCUCCAUUUGAGAUGAGUGGAGGUAAUGAGUCGAAUGGAAUGUCAUAUGGUCAAACUUGUCAACCUGCCCCACCACCUGCUCUUCAUGCUUUACAAUAUCAAGCUCCGAGAGCUACACUUCCACCAGAAGAGAGAGGUGGGAUGACACUUGAUGAGAUUGAUGAUUCGGUGGCUUGGACUGUGAUUGGUGUUGCUCACUUCUCUCAUACGUUUUUCGAUCUAUCACAAAUUUAUCCACAAAUCCCUCAUGAGCCGAUCACACCCUUACCGGUGAUUAUCAGUCGACCUGAAAUCGAAUUAGAGGCGAUGACAUUGACGAUGAGCUUGACUGGAUUCUUUGAUGCUGAAGCAAGACCGAUGGAGAUCUGGAUGGGACCCAUCGGACCGUUACCGGUGAAUGUGAUUGGAACGACGGGGAUCACAUUAGCAUCAGAACAUGCUACCACAGGAGGAGGAGUUAGAUUACAAAUGAAUGAUAGAUCUCGACAAGAAACAAUUUUAGUAGUGAGCUUACCAGCGAUUGAAAUGAUGUAUUGGACCUUACAUGGCAAAGAAAUGAAAGCAGGCACGAUGAUUGUUUUAGAUGAAUCGAAUAAGAUGAUUGGAGAAUUGAUUGGGAAGAGAGCAGAUUCGGUUGAAACGGCAAUUCCUACUUUACCUCUUACUGUUAUUCGACCUGAUGGAAUGAGUUCGGUGAUGGCUUAUUCGAUUUGUUUGGUGGAAAAUGAAUCGGGUCAUUCUUCACUUCAACAUCAUCAACUUUCUGGAUUCGGAUCUGAUGGUAGUCAUACUAAUGGGAAUGCAGAAGAUGAAAGAUCAUCUGUUGGACCGGUUUGUAUUUUGAAAGUCAUUUGA